CUGAAAAACGUUUAUCAUUCAUUGAAUCCAAAAAUGUAAGGGUGGUACGAGGCGUCCAGCAUGUUGAACCUGAUUGAACUCGUUGCCCUGACUUGGUGAGAGAGGAAAACACAGCUGUCCCUCCCAGCAACCACUUCGGCCACAUCUUGCUUGUCACGGUCCAUCCUAGGGAGGGCCUUUUGGUCGUGAGGCUGUGGCUAACUAAGUAUUUGAAUCUACCUACCUAUAACGCAUAAACUCUACGCCUUGUGCUACAGCAUCCUAGACUACAAGGAAUGUCUCAACCAGUCAACGGGACAAGCAUUCACACUCGCUAGCCAGCUAGCUUCAAGCUAAACAUUACAUCUUGAGCUGCCGAGAUGGUCAAAUCUUUAUUUUAACUUUGCAGUCAUGGAUUCUACAGGGUGCACUACUGAAGGAGGUCAGCCUGGGGCUGUGGAGCCGUUGCAGAACUCUGUAGAUGACAGUCUCGUGGAUGCUAUGGACCUUUGCCGUCUUCGCCGGUUUCUAUGUUAUGGGUCAGAGGGGCCCACUUUCAACACUAAGGAGCCAUCACUCGGAAUGGAAAGCGCGUUGACCUUGAUCCAGCUGUUGGAGAAUGGCAAAGGUUGCGAUGUGGUGGAAGAAAUCCGCAGGUUUGGACAGGACGGACGAGCUGUCCGCUCGAACCCUGCACUGUUCGCCUUGGCCGUCUGUUCACAGCACUCGGAUCCAAAGACCAAGCAGGCGGCAUUUCGGGCCUUGAAGGACCUAUGCCACCUCCCAAGCCACCUAUUUGCAUUUAUUCAGUUUAAGAAGGAAUUGAAGGACGGAAUGAAGUGUGGUAUGUGGGGUCGCGGCCUGCGCAAAGCUGUUGCUGAUUGGUACAACAGCCAGGACCCCAUAGUUCUUGCACAGGCUGUUACCAAGUGCAAGCACAGGGCAGGCUGGUCACACCAGGACCUUCUUAGACUCUCACAUAUGAAGCCAGCCAAUGAAGCUAUUGCACUUAUUAAUAAGUACAUAACUAAAGGGUGGAAAGAGGUUCAGGUUGUGUAUGCUGACAAAGAAAACUCUGAGGAUGUUGUCAAAGUCCUGACAUACCUAGAGGCCGUGGAGAAGACCAAGCACUCGACUGACGAGAUGGAGGUGAUCCAUCUGAUUGAGGAGCACAGGCUGGAGAGGGAACAAAUCCUCACAAAUCAUCUCAAGUCCAAAGAGGUAUGGAGCGCUUUCUUAAAAGACAUGCCACUGGCUACAUUGCUCCGGCAUUUGGGCAAGAUGACCGCUGACAAGGUUUUUGCCCCAGGAAGCGCCGAUGUUGUAGCUGUUUGUGAGAGGAUUCAGAAUGAGACUGCUCUGAAAAAGUCAAAGUUGCAUCCAUUCAGCAUCUUGCUGGCAGCAGAAAACUACAAGAGGGGCCACGGCAACAGAAGUAAGCUGAAAUGGGAGCCAGAUGCACACAUCAUCCAAGCUCUGGACUUUGCCUUUUUCCAGUGCUUUAAGAAUGUGGAGGCCACAAGUAAGCAGUUUGUGGUCAGUGUGGACGUGAGUGCUUCGCUGAGCAGCACUGCCCUGGGGAGCGCCGUCAGUGCCGCCACGGCAGCUGCCGCCAUGAGCAUGGUCAUUACGCGGACGGAGAAGGAUGCUCAGGUGUUGGUGUUCUCUGACGGAAAUGUCACCCCAAUCCACCUCUCUGCUGAGAUGUCUGUUAUGCAAGUUACAGCAGAACUGGUGAAGAUCCCUGAUGGCAGCACAGACUGCGCCCUGCCCAUCCUCUGGGCCUCAGAGAGUGAGAGGCCUGUGGACGUCUUCCUUAUCUUUACCAACAAUGAGACCUGGUUUGGAAAGGCCAAUCCGGCAGAAGCACUCAAAAUGUACAGACAGAAAAUGGGCAUCAAUUCAAAGUUAGUUGUGUGUGGACUUACGACCACGGGUCUCUCGGUGGCUGACCCGGACGACCGAGGCAUGCUGGACAUCUGUGGCUUUGACUCCAGGGCUGUGGACGUCAUCCAUAACUUUGUUCUGGAUGUCAUAUGAGAAGACUAUUGACUGGACAUCAGUAUGACCCUGAGAACAGACUCCUGCAGAAAGGAACUCGAAGAGAACUGUUGUCACACUGGACUGAUGUGCCCAACAAGGCACAACCUCCAAGGACUAAACAAAGAAACCCUUAACUGCCCAAUGAUAUCUCUCGCUUGUCAAAAAGUUGCAUUUUAUUUAGGUUGUAUUUUGUCAUCCAGCUGGCUGGAUGAGUUUUCAAUUUAUAUUUUAAAAACAGGAUUUGACAUCCAAGAUGUGAAUUUCACAGGCGGACAGAUGAUACGGUAUACCACAUACUGUGACACAUUUUUGUAUUCUCAGUCUAUUGAUGAGGUACUGUAGCACAAUGUUAUUGAAGCCCUAGAACUUGAGAUUGAAAGACUGCAUUGAAAUGUGGUAUGGACUUGGAUGUUGUAAUUUUCCUUGGAUGUUGGAUGUUGGAUGUCUUUAGGUACUUUCAUUUGGGACAAUUAACAACGUCAACUGAAUAUGGGGGCAUCGGGCUGACUCAAAAGAUUAAUAUAUGUAAUACAUUUACUUUUACCGGGGUAAACAUACAGAGGUUAGGAGGUAGGAAUCCUGUCCAUGUUAGCUGACACUUGUAAUGACAUGUUGAACCUGGUCAGUGGUGAGAAGAGAAGUUUACUAUGAUAGCCAGCAGCUCCCAAGAACGCAUUGCUGGUAUUAGCAGGCAAGCUAGUUUAAUGCGGAACAUAUUUUUGCUUUUCUCCCUAAUGAAAGUACUCAGAGACACCUAUCAAUAGGGCCCCAGGGUCUCAUUCAACUAGCUUGCCUGCUAAUACCAGCAAUGCGUUCUUGGGAGCUGCUGGCUAUCAUAGUAAACUUCUCUUCUCA